GCGAAGUGUCGCAGAGUCGCGAGUCGGCGAGGAGCGCGCUGUCAGCCCAGUCCCCGCGUCCCCGGAUCCACCGCGGCCAUGGCCAGCGAGGAGCUGGCGAGCAAGCUGCAGCGGCGACUGCAGUGGGAGGAGGUGGACGGCGGGCUCCAGCCCGCGCCCCGAGCCGCCCCAGUCCCCGAGCCCCAGCCGCAGCCAUCCGCCUGGGCGCCCACCGCCAGAGCCGACGCCGAGCUGAGCGCGCAGCUGAACCGACGGCUGGACAUCAACGAGGGCGCGGCGCGACCCCGCCGCUGCAAGGUCUUCCACCCCUACUCCGAGUUCCCGGAGUUCAGCCGCCGUCUCAUCAAGGACCUGGAGAGCAUGUUCAAACUGAGGAAACUUAUCCUUGGCUGCCGCGCGGGGUUGGAUGUACCAACAGAGCCUGAGAACUGGGAGUUUGUUAAACUCUUCACGAAAGAUCAGUACGUUCCUGGAGCGAGCACGUUCAGGGAGCCUCUCGGGAGCGUCGCCUUGGCUGUUUUCCCCCUUCUUGCCUCUUGCGCAGGAGGCGCCCUUCCGGAACCGGACAAGGUGGCUUAUCCCUGGUGGUGGCAGUGUGGCCACAGCAGCUCCAGCAAGUCCAGUGGGAAGAGUAACCACAGCAAAGACCUUACUGUUCCUCAUCCAUCCUCGGUGCCUGGCACGUGGCGGUGACUCUAGUUGAUGGACAAACCCCUCAUCUCGUGGAGGGCCCCCUAUGGUCGCUAAGUCAGACCAGCCCCCCUGCUACCCCCUGGUCUCUCUGCCGUCCUGCUACCUUGAUCUCCCUCCAGACGGCCAGCUGGCUCCAGGACCCUCUGUGCCGAUCUCGCCAGCCCUGGGGGCUGCCUGCACCCACUGCCCUUGCCCAGGCUGUGGUAGGCUGUGGGCCCCCUCCUACCCGGGAAGGCUGCUGUGGGGCUUGGCAUUUGGGGAUUUGCCACCCGGUGGCCUGGCAGUACCACCUGUCCUGUAGCUGGCCCUCUGACAGCUGAUGAGCUGAGGAAGUCCCAGCUUUGCUCACAGCCCAGCCCAGCUUUUCUUCUGGCCCUCUUUCAUAUUUUCAUCUUCCUGCUGUCCUACUUGACUUAAAAAAAAAAACGGCAUGACUUUAAAAAAUUUUUUUAAGAAACCAAAACUACACCUGGGUAGGUCCUCUUGAAAACCUAAUGUUUGCUCAUAUCCCCCUCUGCAUGAGCACUCUUGCAUCAAACCUUUUCUGCACAUACUUUGGCCACUCUCUGAGGGCUAGGCAAGCAGACCCCUUUGUGGUGCCUCUUCUUCCUGGAGAAGCCCUGGGCAUGCCCACCCCUCCCUGACUCGUCUCCCUGCCCUGUGGGUGUGUCUGUCUGCCAUCACCCUGUCCAGUCAGCAGCUGCUCGUUGCCACACAUCUGCCCCCAACUGAAAGGUGUCUUUUUCUUUUUCCUUUGGUUUUUAUGCAUAAAUUUUAAAAAAAUCAUGUGAAAAAUCUCAACUUGUUU